GUUUCAGUUAGAUCUAAUAAUACACUGAUGUUUUUACUAAACAGACUAAAUACAAACAUUAGCAAUCAAGAUAAGUUCAGAUUCCAUAAUGUGAACCAUACCUUGACCCAGUCAAGCCUCGCGGAGCCUUGUUCUUCCAUCAGAGAAUUUGAUACUGGAUUCAACUAA